AGUCGGUCCAGCACCUCGAAUUCCCUGUUUCUCCGUUUCCACCGUCAGGAAGACGUGGAACGAGCAUUGGCAAAAAACGGGACUUAUUUGAACGGGAGUUUCAUUGGUGUAUGUCGUUGUGCAGCGGAGGAAGUGGGGAUGGAGGGAAGAGCAGAACCGCGGGAAUUGGCGAGUGAGUCGAUGGAUACGAGAAAUUAUUUGCUAAAGGAAAAUGAGAUUUAUAAGAAGGCGCCAGUGAAGCGAUUCUCUGUGUGCACGUGGAUAGCGGAAUGGUUGUUUGGAUUGUGGAGUGUUUGUUGUUAUGAACGUCUUUUUUUAUUGAAGGAGGAGAAAUAA